AUGGACCCAGAAGGGCGCCUGCAGUCCCACACCGCGAUGGGCCUGUCCACCCACCAGUUCUCAAAUUGCCUACAUCAGCAACAGCAGUACCUGGAACGUGAACAGCCUCCAGGGUUCGCAGCGCUGUUGCAGCAGCCGCUACUGCAGCCGGUUUAUGAGGCACAACAGCUGCAACAGCUGCAGCAGCAAGGGCGGGCCUUUGCUGUGGCGCCAGUAAAGGGGCCAAAUGGUGAAGACAGGGGUUUAGGGUUCGUAGCUCUUCGCGAUUUACCCGCGGGGUUCGUGGUGUAUGAGGACUUCCCUCUGCUGUCUCUACAGCACAGCGUCAACAAGUGCCUCGUCAAGGCUUGCUGCCGCUGCAGAGCACCUUUAGGAGACGCCGUAUUUCAGCUGCUGCACUUCUUCUCUGCGGUUCCCGAGUCAUACCGUCGCAUGCAGUCCCUCCUCAGCAUCAACAGAGACUGGCUACUGCGGCUCCAGCAGGAGCAGCAGCAGCAGGAAGUCGUCCCUUGCCCUGCCGGUUGCGGGGAAGCGUUUUGCUCCGUGCGGUGUCUGGAUAGCGACGCCAUCCAUCGGCAGCUGUGCGUUGGCCGCCUGAGUGAAGAGGCACCGUUGGUUGCCUUCAAACGCUUUGCUCUAGAGCACUGUGAGAACCUGUUGUUGGCGGCUGCAGCCAUUGUGUCAGCAGCAGCCGCUGCAGCCGCACAACCAGGAGACAUGGCAUCAAACGAAGCAGAGGUUGCUGCUGCUGCCUUGCAGCUGCUGCGGUUGCUGCUGCAGCAUCAGCACGGACAGUGGCAGGAGGAGAACGAGCCAACCACAAGGGUUCGAUUGAUGGAAGAGGAAAUGGAUGAGGAGACCGAGGAAGAGACAGAGCUGAGCCGAAAAGAUAUUGUUGAAAGAGGGUCAAGUCUGCUGCUGUUGGGCUUGCAGGAGUUAUCUGCAGCGUAUGUCCACCUCAUAUCGCCAUCCCUUGUUUCUGAAUUGCUGUCGCUCUUCGAGCAUUGCAAUUCAGACUUGGAGGUUCCGAACCCUCUAAAUGCAUUUUUUGGUUUUUGUUUAUCGGGGGCCAAAGUUGGCGGGGCAGAGGAAUUGCAGCUUCUCCUGGCAGAGAAAGAAGCGGCCCUCGCUGAUCUCUUCGGGGAGGAGCACGAGGACGAUGACGCAAACAGCAACGAAGGCAUCAGCCAAAGUCUCCAAACCACGCAUACAGAAGCAGCGGGGGAGGCGCAGGAAUUGCGGAAGCUGUAUGUGAGCAAGCCUUUGUCUCUCCUUUGCCCUCCUCCAAUAGGAAGGGGCCGUCCAUUUCCUGCAGUGAAGCAAACAGCGUUCUUCUGCUCCAUCGCUCGCAUCAAUCACAGCUGCGCGCCCAACAUGGAAAUGGAGUGUACGCACCCGCCACAUGGAGGAAAAAUACUGCUGAAACUCGUCCGAAACGUACAGCAGGGAGAAGAGCUAUGCAUAUCUUACGUCAAGGACUUGCCCCUCACGCAAAGACAGCUUAGGAGACAGAGGCUUGAAGAGUUUGGAUUUGAAUGCACUUGCCACUACUGCGCUAGCGGCCUGUAA